AUGAAAAUGCACUUCAGCAUCCCCGUGUCCCAGCAGCGGCUGGACACACUGGGGGGGCGCUACGUGCUCUACUCGGUGUACCUGGAAGGGUUCCUCUUCUGUAAGGUGCGCUACAGCCAGCUGCAUCGCUGGAACGAGCAGCUGAGACGGGUCUUUGGGAAUUGCCUGCCGCCUUUUCCACCAAAGUAUUAUCUUGCAAUGACUGCAUCUAUGGCUGAUGAGAGGAGGGAUCAGCUGGAACAGUAUCUACAAAGUGUCCCUAUGGAUCCGAACAUCUUGAGAAGUGACGUCUUCAUCCGCUUUUUUAAAUUGCUACAGCAAGACACAUUUAAGAUCACCACCAAGAAAGUCUUUUUGGAUGUAUUUCUGCCUGAUGGAAGGAGUAUCAGAAUUGAAAUUCUAACCUCUGACACGGCUGAAAGAAUCACAGAGAUUGUGUCAUACAAGAUAGGACUGUCUCGGGAGCUUAUUGGGUACUUCAGCUUGUUCCUGAUCCAGUUGGAUAGUCAUGGUGCCUUCUCUGUAAUGAAAAAAAUGGCAGAAUUUGAACUCCCAUAUGUGAGUCUUCAAAGUACAGAAGUGGAAAACUGUAAGGUUGGACUUAGAAAGUGGUAUAUGGAUCCAUCCCUUGACUCCAUGCUCAUGGACUGCCGAACUGCGGUCAAUUUGCUGUAUGGACAGGCAUUUCAGGAAAUUGAAAAAAACUGGGCCAAACCAACACUGGAGCAAAGGAAGGACUUAGAGGCCCUGAGGAAAGCAGGAAACCAGACAAAGUAUCUGGAGCUAGUCCAGCAGGUGCAGCACUAUGGAUACAUGCAGCUCGAUACUUGUACCUGUGAUUACCCAGAACCUGGCUGUGUGGCUACUAUGGCAGUGGGCAAUGACGAGAUCAGCUGUUAUAUAAAGCUGCCAGGCAAUCAGACGCAAGAGGUUAACUUCAAGAUGAGCAGAAUAAAGUCCUGGCAGGUCACCUUCCUUGGAACUCUGCUGGAGGAAGAGGAUGGUCCCCGGCGAACCCUCAACCAGAACUUGGAGCUCAGGUUUCAGUACAGUGAUGGCAACAACAGUUGGCAAUGGUUCACCAUUUAUACCAGACAGGCUUUUUUGCUGAGUUGCUGCUUGAAAAAGAUGAUAUCAGAGAAACUGAUGAAACUAGCUGCAGAAAAUCCAGAAAUGCAGAUUGAAGUGCCCCUGGAACAAGGCAAAAGUAAGAAAUCCUACCAUCAACAAAGCCAGAUAAACUGUUUUGAUUUUCCCACAAGAAAAAGCAAGAUUUCAGUUAAGUCAAGUGAAGAGGAUUGUGUAUUUGAGACUAUAAGGGAAGAGGAUCUUUGAAGAACAACAAAAAAGAAACCCACCAUUUCUACUUUCUUCCUUUAAAGUAAAUCACUCAAAACAGCAGACUGUGUAAUAACCAAAGGUUGGCUUUACAUCACCAGUGGAAGAAAUUGGACACUUUCAACAUUUAAAUUAAAGGUUUUACUGUUCAAGGUGUGGGUUAUAACUCAGUGUAAAUCAGAGGAUGAGAAAGAAAUGGGAGCAAAAUUUGUCUAGAUUUCAAGGUAAAGCAGCAAACCUCUGUUUGGAAAUAAAUGUACAAUCCAUCCCUCCCCACCCCCCAACCCCAAACAAAUAUUUACCUGCCUUUCCAAAGUCUCUACUUUGACUGCUGAUAGUGUGGAAAUUCGUACAUGUAACACCAUAAGUGAACAGCUGCAGCUGGUAAAAUUAUCAGUCUAAGGAGGGUCCCUGAUAGAGUUGAGAACAUUACCAAGAUGCCUGUACCGU